UCAAUCAUCGCAAACAUUCGACUAGCGAGUAUGGCUGCGGCAGUGGAGAGUGUCGUAAAAGUGCUCGGUGAGCAGUACUACAAAGAUGCUAUGGAACAGUGCCAUAGCUACAAUGCCCGCUUGUGCGCCGAGCGGAGCAUCCUGAUGCCUUUCCUGGACUCUCAGACGGGGGUGGCUCAGAGCAACUGCUACAUCUGGAUGGAGAAAAGGCACAGAAGUCCAGGCACUGCUCCAGGACAACUGUACACAUACCCUGCUCGUCGCUGGAGGAAAAAGAGAAGGGCCCACCCUCCCGAGGACCCUGCCCUGGUCUUCCCCCCUCUGAAAGCAGCUGAUCUGGAGCUGGGCCUGAAGAAGGACGUGCUGCCCCCCCUGGACGGCAGCAGCCUGGAGGCGCUGCUGAAGGGCGAGCCCCUGGACAAGCGGGGGCCCUCCGACCUGCGCGGCCAGGACGAGGACUCCAGAUCCUCCUCGGCCGAGAUCACCUCCACCCCCAGCCACACCGGCUCCACACGUAUAAGGAAGGUACGCAGAUGCACAGAGAGGAUCCUGGAUCCGGACGACUAUCUGGAUGAUCUGGACGAUGAAGACUUUGAGGAUGAGACCCCCAAAAGAAGGGGCAAGGGGAAGUCCAAGAGUCGCGGCGUGGGCAACGGGAAGAAGAAGCAGGACUCCGCCGCCGCAGCCAUGGAGGACCGUGACAAGCCCUACGCCUGCGACAUCUGUGGGAAGCGGUACAAGAACCGCCCGGGCCUGAGCUACCACUACACCCACUCCCACCUGGCAGACGAGGAGGGGGAGGACAAGGAGGAGGCCGAGAUUCACACUCCAGCUCCACGCGAGGAGACCAAGACUCCCAAGAAAGGGCCCAAUGGGCUGGCCAUGCCCAAUGAUUACUGUGACUUCUGCCUUGGUGACUCCAACAUGAACCAGAAGACUGGACAGUCUGAGGAACUGGUGUCCUGCUCAGACUGUGGACGAUCUGGUCACCCGUCCUGUCUGCAGUUCACGCCGGUCAUGAUGGCGGCGGUGAAGACCUACCGCUGGCAGUGCAUCGAGUGCAAGUGUUGCAAUGUCUGUGGCACCUCCGAGAAUGAUGACCAGCUCCUGUUCUGUGAUGACUGUGACAGAGGGUACCACAUGUACUGCCUCACACCCCCCAUGUCUGACCCACCCGAAGGAAGCUGGAGCUGUCACCUGUGUCUGGCACUGCUCAAGGACAAGGCCUCCAUCUACCAGCAGCCUCAGAACACUUCGAUGGAGUAACGCUCCUCUCUUCCCCCUCCUCUCUCCUCUCCUCUCUUCCCCCUCCUCUCUCCUCUCCUCCUUUCUUCUCCUCUGCCCUCUCCUCCUUUCCUCUCCUCCUCUCUCCAUACCUCUCUUUUCUCCUCUCCUUUCAUCUCAUCUGCCCUCCCUCUUCUCUCCUCUCCUUUCUUCUCCUCUGCCCUCUCUUCCUCCCCUCCCCUCCACUCCCCUCUCCUCUUAUCCCCAGACUUCUCUUCUCUCCUUUCUGCUCCUCUGCCCUCUCCUCC